UUACUCUGUUGGCCGGGUAAGGAGGGAGGGAAGCUAGCAAUCUGACAGGCUAGCUACAGCAGAGUAACAGCCUGGCAAUUACAGCGGCGACGUAUCAGGAGAGGGUGGUUACCGAAACUAAUCAAAGGGUCGUCCAGCACCUGAACCAUCAAUCGGGUUUAUGAGUAAAGGCGAUCAAUCAGGCUGCCGUUAACCUUCGGAAGAAACGCUGAAGUGUAAUUCACCGUCAACGGGUUUUUUCUUUUCUUUUUUUUUCUUUUCUUUUUUUUUACUUAUUAUCCGUGACAACAUGGCUGAAUGUAACGUUAGCAUCGACCAGAAUAAACUACCUGGAGUGAAAGAGGUGUGCCGAGACUUUGCCGUGCUGGAGGACCACUCCCUGGCCUAUAACCUCCAGGAACAAGAAAUUGAGAGCCACUUGGCCUCCAACGUCUAUAAGAGCCGUCUGGUGCAGAACGACCUGCAGGUGGCCAAGAAGCUGCAAGAGGAGGAGGAUGAGAGGGCCAAGAUCAAGACCCAGAAAGAGAACGUGGACAUUGAGCGGCAAGAUAACGAGAUCGCCCAGGAGAUUCAGGAGGAACUGGUCCGACAGGCAGAGCGACAGCGACAGCAAGAAGAGAAAGAUGCGGCCAUCGCUCGUAAGCUGCAGGAGAAGGAGAUGAAAGAGGAGAGGAGGAGACAUAAGCAGCUGGAAACGCGCUUUGAUGAAGAUUAUUUUGAUGAACAUGGAGCUGCAAGAAGACCUCUAGACUUGGACAAACCCAGUCAUCACACACCAACAUCCCCCGGGCGAUACGAUGCUCCGGUCAGCUCACGUCGAGAUUACUCUCCAGAUUAUAGUUCAACAGAACCUAAAAGGAGCAGACACCCAAAACUGGAUGCUGCAACACCCCGUGGUCGCUCCAGAGACCCCGAGCACUAUCUGCCGGGAGAAGGAGGCCGUAGCAGGCACGCAGAUCCUUUUCCUGAGCACCUGAUGCCCAACAGAGGCAAGCAUGGGGACAGGUAUCCAGAGUACGAGCCCUCACAGACUGGCAGAGCCAGGGAUUUAGGGUACGAGGACACAGAGAGAGUGGUGAGGAGGAAAGAGAGACCAGCUAGACCACCUCCAGUCCAAAUUCCUAAAGAGAGGGACAAAACGUGGGACAGGGAGCGGAACAGGCAGUACGACAGAGACGGAGGCAGAGAACUGGAAUACGAGAUGUAUACUGCAAGAGACCAGACGAGGGACAGAGACCGGAGGAGGGACAGAGACCAGGACCUCAGGUGGGGAAGAGCAGAGGGGAGGGACGGAGAAAGAUCCAGAAACAGAGGACGAAGUUUGGACAGACAGCUAGAGGGACACGGACAUCGAGAUAAAAAGAGACAAAGAGCAAGAACCCGGAGCAGGGAGAGAGGACUUGAAGAGGACUUUGUGGAGCCAGCACACAGCCGGGACCGGCUGAGGGAAGGGAGGGCUUCCUGGGAGGGGGAAGAGGAGGAUUUUGAGAGAGGGAGAAGGACCAGGGGACGCCACCGUGUCCAGUCCAGCCCCAAUGAGGUGUUUGGAGACCACAGGGGCGAUGAAGGCAGAGGAGACAGCAGGGAGUUCUGGGACCUCCAACAGGGGGAGGGUCGUGGCAGGGAACGCAGUCAUAGUCAACCCAGUGGAGAGACAGGUCGUAUUGCGCACCGUGGCGGUGGGUCAGUAAUGCCAGAGACUGAGUACGGACUGAGUGAGGCCACCAAGGGUUUGACCAAGCUCGAUCUGCGCGAGCAAGAGCUGAAGGACCUGGAGGUGGCCAGGAAACUGCAAGAGGAGGAAAUUAAGGCGAGCCAGAUGCAUGUGCGUGCAGCCCAAGUGGCACAAGAUGAGGAAAUCGCCCGACUGCUGAUGGAGCAGGAGAAAAAGGAGUACAGGAAGAAUCGCGAACGGGAGAAAGAGAAGGAGAGGGAGAGGGAGAGGCUGGCUAUGGAAAGGAUGGCAGUGGAGAGGAGGCGGCAAGAGGGAGACUACAGGCCAAAUUCCGAGGAUGUUGUCCGGCCCAGAACACAAGAGGAGUACGAGUACCAAAGGCAAAAGAACUACAAGCCUCCGAGGCCUCCACAGCCACGCACACAUGACUAUGAGAAUGUGGGCCCUGGCUACGUCUACCCAGAUCACCCUGCUGCCCCUCGUGCUCCGGCCAGACCUGAUCCAUCUUACAGAGGUGCCUAUCACAAGCGGUGACUCAGGCUCUCCACCGUGUCCACACAUGCUGUCGGUCCUCCUGUUUGUGUCUGUAUUUAUCUUUUAUUUUCACCCAUCCACACUGUUGGUCUGAGUCCUGUGGACAAUCUCAUGAGUUGGCAGUGGGAUUUUUUUUAUUUUUUUUAAAUAUAUUCCUAAGUUGGCCCAAAGUUGAGGAAGUGGAUAUGUGAGUGCUGGAAUUACACUCAUCUCCCCCCCCCCCCCCCCCCCCUUUUUUUUUUUUUUUUUUUUUUUUUUUUUUUUUUUUAAAUUAUUUGUAAAAUGUGAUUGCAUAUUUCUUUGAACUGGCGUGACAUUAAGCCGGGCCAAAAGAAAUCUCCCACGAUUCUUUGCUGUGUAAAUGAAGGAACUGCCCCCCCUGCUGUGGUCAUCGUGUGCCAUCAAAGGGCUGAAAGCCUCUGCUGGAUGUAACCGUCACAGUUCCUCGAGACUCUUCAUGGGACAUGCUCGUCUGGUCCACCGUGGCUACUACAGUGUCUUAGAUACCAACGUGGCAGCUUCUUUGUUACAGCGUGCUGCACCUCUGCUGUCUCGCCGUGCUGUGCAGCGAGGCCCUGUGAGGCCUGCCCAUGUGCCACACAGCCUUUGACUCUGAAGGGACGCAUUGUAUUUUGUUUUUUGCUGUAAUUAUGAAACAAAGAAAUAAGCCUUGAUUUCGGUGCUGGUAGCUCUGGCUUUCAUACGUUUACCACCUUGUUCCAGCGCAGAAGAGGUGGAGCUUUGCGGCGAUCCGUGGACAUCGAUCAGCUCGACGUGUUUUCGUCUUUUUGCUUGUGAGGGGCGCUUUUUUUUUUUUUUUUUUUUUAAACCCCGUCACUCUUAAACUGUAGUGGUAUGACUGUAUAUGACUCACUGUUUCUAUGUGCAUGCUUACUGAGUGUACAGAUGUGUACAUGCAUUUCAGCUCUGUAUCAAUAUUAACUGGCUCCCUCUUUAUUAUCAGAAAGGGCUAAAGCUGCAAACAGCCAAUAAUAAUCGCUCUCUGUAGAAACUAAAUAUCUGCUCGCUCAUCCUGCUGUACAGUAUUUCAUUCUUCUGCCAGUAUUUCAUAUGAGCUUGUCGUUUCCAGCUGGCACAUAAAAGAACCAGUACCAAAUGAAAUGCAUGUAUGUUGCCUGUGUGUCAAACCUGAGUUCAAGCUCAGAUGCUGUGUUUAAAUCUGCGUUCAUGUGUUUUACAUUUGUCAGACCAAAUCAUGUGGAAACUGUUGGGUUCUCCCACCAUGAAACCUUGUAUCCUACUCACUGUCUUUAUUGAGAAAGGGAGCUUUAUAUUUUUGUACAUUUCUUUUUUCUUCACAUGGUUUCCUCAGUUUUCAUUGACCAAGCUUCCCCGCUGUCACUUCCAGGACUUCCCUGUCUUAUACUUCCUACUUGCAGACAGGAGACGGCUCGUAUUGACAUAUUCUAGUGUUUUGUUUUCUACUUCUUCAGGGCCUGAUAUUUUUGGUUAUAUGAAAAAAAAAAAAAAAAAAAAAAAAAAAAACGGAUAAUGAAGAGCACAUUGCUGAAAUGUUUGAUUGCCUCAAAAUGAUUCACUCAUUGAGCAUCUGGUGCUGCUUAGAGCUUUUGCUUUGUAAUAAAUGUUGCUGAAAUUAUAAAUCUGCGUGGAGAACAAGCCCCCGUGCUGUUAGCAGAAACCAUUUUCUCUCGUCUGCAGUGCGUUGAACAAACGUGCAACCAUCAUUGAAUUAUAGUACGUGCGACUUGCUGAAUGGGAUCUGUGCCAUAUACGUGUUGUUUUUCAGGGACUUUACAAAUUGGGGGGGGGGCGGUUAAAGUUGUGGUUGUAGCAGAGCUGGCGCACCCACUGAGGUGGGUCUAAUUUAUUCUUUGAUGAGAGCACCACCUAGUGGACAUGCUUCCAGUUGGCGAGGGUACAGAUCACAGUGACGUGUAUUUGUGUAUGUUGUGCUUCAGAUGUGACUUUGGUUUCAUGUGUUGUCUGUUUUCUUUGAUCGAGGGCUUUAUGCAAUCUACCAAUCAUGAAUCAACAUGUUGGACUUUUUUUUUUUAAGUAAAAUGAAUUUAAUAAGUUGCUUUUACUUGUAGCAUCUCAAAAUGUAAUAAAUUGCAUCAGCAUUUACACCAUGAAUUUGUGAAGCUGUAGGCCAGUCAGAUCUCACCUGCCAUGCCCACUACAUCCCACAGCUUCAGUCAUUAAUAAGAAUACAGGGGGGAUUUUAGUGUUAAAGGUCACAGUUUAUUGGUCAUGAUAUUCAAUCAACUUAGUUUCACUCUGACAGCACCUCCCGCAGUAGCCCCCUCUGGGGCCCGCCUGAAGUGGCAGAUCCCGUAAUGCAGAAUGUUUGAAACCUCAAGUGACCUCUGACCUUCGCACAUGUAACCACAGAUUUACCUGUAGUACAGGUUUUGAGUUUCCAAAGGCAGAAACUGCUCAAAACCUCUGGAUUUUUAUGAGUCAUCUUGAAAACCUUCGACUUCAAGAAACUACACCUAGAAAGACAAUUUAAAAAAAUCAGUUUGAACUGUGAUUGACGUCCAGGUUUGUUUAAUAUCACUCUUCUGCUUCAUGUUUUAAGUGUCAUUUAGGUGAUUUCAGCCAUGCUAAAUAAAAGCAACACCAAUACA